GAACUGGAAAUACAAUUUACAUAUAUUUAUGGAGUCUGUCAAAGUGUUUUCAUAUUCUUUGCUUCUUUAUAGAUGGGAACUGAAUCCAAAUUACUGUGAUGCAAAAAAAGUCAACCCACCCUACAGCGAGGGGACACAACUCUUGGAUCUCAUAGACAUGUCUAUCCUAGACUUUCUCAUGGAUGCAAUCAUAAAAGAAGAGGGAAGUGCGGCCACGGUAGCCACCCUCGCAGGGGGGCUUGGAAUUGUCUGAGGUUGAGCCCUUCAGUUACAUGGAGAGUUUUGACAGUUGCACUCCUGGUGAGCUCCAGAAACACCAUUCCAAUGCUGGCAGAGGAAGACAUGGUUUUCUUAAAUCAUUGGAAUCAGGUUCAAACGUCACUCAUAUGAUGACCUCUCCAUUCUGGCACCUCUGCAGCAGUGUUGCAGUUUCAUUUAUUAAGGUAAUGAGGAAAGGGGCUGCUUGUAAAGGGACGCUCAACCUGAAGUACAUUUUUUCGUGGAAAACUUCCUGUAUCAUCAGUGUCAGGUGGUUUCCACUGGCAGUUUUGGAAAACCGAGGAAGACCCAUGCACCCUCAUAUUGUGCCUCCUCCCAUUUUUGUCACGGCGGUUUAUUUGCAUACCAGCAAUUUGUUUUCUCGCCCAAUCUGAUCUAUUUCCUUUCUUCACCGGGGGGAGAAAUACUGAAGAUUUGAAUACAUUUGGUUAAGGAAACUCACAGCAAGUCUAAGAAGGGAGACUCAUUCUAUAUAUAAUAUUCACAACCAGGCAGAAGAACAUGUCUCGGCGGAGUAAACGUCUCGGGACACUUGAACAAGAGGAUGAUAGGAUCAGCACCAGCAGUAUGGAGAGUCAUUCCUUAUACAAAGAGGGCCCUACCAGGAGCCUGAGGAGAAAAGUGAUCACCCUAAAACCAACCCCACGCCAGCCUACCCAUCACUCCCACUACAGUGAGAAAAGCAGCUACAUUACCACAGACAAAUUGGGGCAUUCUUCAGAGCUACCAGAGACAGACGACGAUGCCUCCUACUGGGGAGUGCGCUCACGUGUUGGCUUGGAGAGGUCAUACCAGAGCAAAAAUGGUGUCACAGAAACACAAUCCUCUUAUGACAAGUCUACUUCUUCUUCUGGCUAUUCCUCUGAGGAAGAUUAUAUAGGCCAGCCUGGGCCCAGUGAAGAUGUUACACGGAUUUCCCGCUGGAAAAGCAUGGCCAAAAGUGUUGCAAAGCUGCCCUUGCUCCUGUUCUACUUCCCAGGGCGCAUGUUUAGUCUCCUGUAUUGGUGGCUUGGUACCACAUGGUACCGUCUUACCACCUCUGCCUCACUCCUGGAUGUCUUUAUCUUAACCAGACAUUACAGCAUCCUAAAGAAAGCUCUGGUUAUCCUGCUGCUUCUGCUCUUAUUAGCUCUGGUUGGUGCAGGAUUAUGGCAUUUCUAUCCUUAUGGGCUUGGCAGUUUGACUAUAAUCCCUACAUCAUUAUUUUCUGCAAAGCAUAACCCCAUGGGAGAGGGCAUCCCACUGAAACCAGAGCAAACAGAAUCACAAGCACAAACUCUUUUUCCUGAGACAGAGUUUAUCUCUCGCAUAGAGUUACUGGAAAGAAAGUUCCACAGUCUGGAGAAAGGACUGGCCUUGUUCCAGCAACAGAACAUGGCAAAACCCAGGGAAGCAGAAGUUCCAACAGAUGCUGAUAUUAGUCGGGAAGAAGUUAUACAGAUUUUUGCAGACCAGUUCAGUGGUAGAGAAGCUGAACUGAUGGAGGGUAUCUUACAGCAAGGGGCCAAGAUGGCCAAGAAUGACUUGAGGAACCUUAAAGAAGAGCAACAAGGAAACCUUCACAUGGUCAUACAAAACAUGGAUAAUAUGUUCAAGGAUGUGGAAGCAGAGAUUUUACAGCUCAAGACAGAUAUGAAAAGUUCUGCCACAGACAACUCAAAUAAGAACCUCAUGGAGGUAGAGGGAAGACUAAGUAGUGAACUUCUGGGGAUACAAGAACAACUGAAAGCUGUAAGAAAAACUCAAACGGAUUUGUCACAGAAAGUGGAAACCUUCCCAAAGCAAAUACAGGGCGUAAGAGAUGGAGUAGAAUUGCUCUUUCCAAAAUGGUUUCAAACUCAAAUGGAAGCAGAAGAUGGAAGAACCGGGCCCCUUUCUGAGCUCUUUCUGCGUCGAGAGGAGCUCCAAAAACACUUAGUGGAGCUAGAGAGGAAGAUUUUGGCUGGAAUAGCAACAGAAAGGAAUGAAUGGGCAGCUCGUGCUCACACCUCUGUAGACAGGGAGUUGCAGGCAGGAGGACUCUCUGAGAUAACCAAAAAGGAGGUGCAUGACAUUGUAAACCGUGCAAUCCAAAGAUACAGUGAGGACCGGAUUGCGUUGGUGGAUUAUGCUCUGGAAUCUUCAGGAGCCAGUGUUAUAAACACAAGAUGUUCUGAAACAUUUGAGACAAAGACAGCUCUUCUCAGUCUGUUUGGUGUCCCCCUCUGGUACCAUUCCCAAUCUCCCCGAGUUAUUCUCCAGCCGGAUUUGAACCCAGGCAAUUGUUGGGCUUUCCGAGGGUCUCAGGGUUAUGCAGUUAUUCGCCUGUCCAGCCGUAUCCACCCAACAGCAGUAACUAUUGACCACAUCCCUCGCUCCUUGUCACCUAAGACCACCAUUUCCAGUGCACCCAAGGAUUUCUCAGUCUAUGGUUUAGAGGAAGAGUCACAGAAAGAAGGACUUCUGUUGGGAAAUUUCACCUAUAACCAGAAUGGGGAAGCAAUACAGACCUUUUCCAUACAGGGAGGAGACAUAUCCAUGUAUCAGCUGGUGGAACUGAGGAUUCAGAGCAACUGGGGCCAUCCGGAAUACACCUGUAUUUACCGUUUCCGAGUUCAUGGGGAGACAGAGGUGUAGCAGAGUGUACGGUGCAAGACUUCAACAGGACAACUGCAGGAGUUACACUCUGUGCAUCACAGAGCCCCUACUCCCUGCCCAUUAUUACAGGCUUCUCGUGUGGAUCUAGUCUGAGAGCCAGCCAUGUUCUGCUUUCUCCAACCUAGAAUCCCCGGACCUAUUGCUUUUCUUCUCCAGCUACAGAUCUAUCAGGAGACCUUUGUGCUUAAGCCUCUAAUUAGCUUUGAAUGUGUCUUGAACUCUUACAAAAAGUGAUUUUGCUACACAAAGUAAGUUAACUAUAAGCAAAGUAUUUGUAAACCAGGGAAUUGGAUUGGAGACAAGUGUGUAGCUCUGUAGGAAACUUUUCUAAGAGCUAGAGAAGAGGGUGUCCCGUGCAAACAUGUCCAUAGGAAAAUGCUAGGCCUGCAUCUGUCCAACAAGGAAUAAUUAUAUACUCAUGUUACAAUGCAGUUUGUAGGGACAGUGUUUGUACAAAUGGGAUGCUUUCUCCUAAUUACCUCCCUCCCAUGUUAGAAGUGCUGUCCCCAUGCAUAGAAUGGAGGGGUUAAAAUAACAUUUAAUGCUUGCUAGUGCAGCCAAUGGCUAUUGAUUUCAUGCUACUUUCAUUCUCCUGUUGGCCAGCUACAUUUGGUGACUGGUUUUAGGGUAAAGAGACCAGGUACCAUGGCCCUCCAACAUAAAAGGGGUCCACUACAGAAAGGCAAGGGUAGAUAAAAAGGAAUGAUUCUGGAACAAUUGUUUUUAGUA